AUGGAAUCAAAACUUAAUGAAACAUCUCUUGACUUCCUUUCAUCGAUCUACCAUGCACCCUGUCAUGCACAGUGGGAGCGCAUGAUGCGUUGCGACGGCCUGCCUGACCCGACCAGCGUGCCCGAGAUGAAUCGAUACCUGAGCCUGUGGCAGGCUGACCCCGCGUCCGCCACGCUCGAGGGCGCCCUCGCCAAGACCGACCAGGUGAUACACGUAAUAUCAGAGCUGGAGAAUGUCAUGGAGGAGACGAGGGACGCGACGGAGAAGCAGCUCAGGGAUUGGAAGGAGAUCUGGCUUCAGCUGCAGGAGGCGCAGAAGGGGAAGCUGGACCAGGCGACCUACCAUCAGCUGCUCGACCUCCGCCCUCACCUCGAUCACGAGACGAUGGUAUAUUCCUUCUUCACGUCGUCUCCUCUGGUGUCCCUCGCCCUCUGGAGCAACACAACUCGGUCGCCGAAAAAUAAUAAUCAUCAGGUGAAGGAGCUGGGCUUCACCUUCACCUUGCCAGCGGACUUAUCAGAGGCGGAGUGCGUGGUGCGCGUCAUGAGGACAGAGUACGACCACUACUCCAAGUUCGCGCGGACCUACAACCCGCCGCUCGUCCCCGAAACCUGCGGGGAGCUCAUCGGUGAGGGCUGCGGCGGCUGCGGCUGUGCUCGCCUUUUUGAAGGAGGGCGAUGGGGCUUCAGAGAUGAAGAGGAACCGGAAGAGACACCGAGAGAAGAUCCUCCGGCAGACAAAGAGGGCUUCCGCUGCGCGACCUCACUUCCCCCAGGAGCCCCCCAGGUGUCCACGAAGAAGGCGAAGCCGCCGCACUACACCGACACCGCCCCUGGAGAACUGAACCUCCGUCGGUACCGCGUUCAGGGCGGCGUCUAUACCGUGGACCUGCUGGAGGUGCCCCCGCAGCCCCGGGUUCUGGCCGACUGCCGACAAUCGCUGAUCCUCCUUAUUCACAGGUUGCCAGACUCUGCCUUUUGGUUCGAACCUCCUCAGAUGGUGUUGUGGGACGAGAACAAGCGUUGUUGGUCGACUGAUUAUUUUCACGACGUCAAGUACAAUGAAGACCAGUGCGUUAUGCAGGUGCGCACCAUGCGGCUGGGCGUGAUGGGCCUUGCCAUGAACCGCUACGCCAACCUCCCCUUCCAGAGCUGGGAAAUGAAGCCGAAGGGCGCGUCCUCGGUGUCGCUCACCCUCAUCGCCGCCGUCGUCGUGGCCGACUUCACCAUCACGGAAGGUCAGGUGUGUCUGGCUAACCUGCAGGACGGCGCCCGAACAGCCCUCUCGCACCUGUACGGAAAGAACAUGAAGCCGGGGGCGCUCAUUAAGACCCUACAAUUCUACGGCAUCAACCUGUUCCCGGACCGAGAUUCCUACUGCUACAUCGACGGGCUCCCGACCAAGCACCGCCCGACGGAACAGCACCUGUACAGAUGCAUGGCCCUCGUCGCUCCGGCCGUGCACUUCGCCUGGAGCAGGUGGAAUCUCCUGGCGGGGAAGACCAAACUCGUGUUCCAGAUGAAGACGAAGAAGCUGGUGACGGACGAGAGUCAGUACUACGCUGACUUGUACCAAAUGGUGCUGGGCGACUUGGGGUCCUCCGUGCGGCAGACGGUGGAGGCCGCGUCACCCGUCUUCAUCCACACCAUCCACUCCAUGCUGAAGUCGGCGUCGGUCAUCUCCUACUGCUAA